CUACUCUGUUCACCAUCUCUUUGCCGGAGCUCCUCCGCCACUUCGGGCCCGCGAUGUCGACGAUCCUGCGGAAGAUCGUCGAACUGGCGUCCAAUCGGCCGUCCUCCCCCGCCGCCGCCGGCGGCAGCGGCGGCGCGGCCCGGUCGUCCCUGGGGGCCUUCGAGAGGCUCCCGGAGGACGUGCUGGUGCAGAUUCUGCGGCUGCUGGGGCCCAAGGACGCGAUGAAGACGAGCCUGGUGUGCAGGUCGUGGAAGUCCCUCGUGUCCGACGACCGCCUCUGGAUCUCGUUCCUCCAGAACCAGGACCAGAACCUGCCCUGGGAAUCGAUUUUCUUCGCCGAGACCCAUUUGCGGUUCGGCUGCCCGAUUCAGCGAAAGCAUUGCAGGACGGUCUCGAAUGAGGUGCCUGAGCUAUCGUUUAUGAGUAUAUACAGCCGGCGUGCGCAGGUACCCGGUGCCGUCAUAAUUGAUGGUGGUUCUGGAUAUUGCAAAUAUGGUUGGAGCAAAUAUGAUUGUCCAUCUGGCAGGUCAGCAACCUUCCUGGAAUUUGGCAAUAUCGAAUCUCCAAUGCAUGCCAGACUUCGGCAUUUUUUUGCGACGAUCUAUAGCAGGAUGCAGGUGAGGCCAUCAACACAGCCAAUCGUCGUGUCCAUUCCAAUCUGCCACUAUGAUGAUACCGAAUCUGCAAAAGCAUCAAGACGGCAGCUCAAAGAGGCCAUCUACUUUACUUUAUUUGAGAUGAAUGUUCCUGCUGUCUGUGCCAUUGAUCAGGCAACUUUGUCACUCUAUGCAGCGAGGCGAACUUCAGGAAUUUCUGUCAAUAUCGGUUUCCAGGCGACCUCCAUUGUUCCAAUUUUGCAUGGUAAAGUGAUGCGCAAGGUGGGUGUGGAAGUCACGGGACUUGGAGCUUUAAAACUGACAGGAUUCCUCCGGGAGCUGAUGCAGCAGAAGAAUUUGAGUUUUGCGUCGUUGUAUACAGUUCGUACAUUGAAGGAGAGGCUAUGUUAUGUUGCGGCUGAUUAUGAAGUUGAGUUACGCAAGAACACAGAAGCAUCUUUUGAAGUUUCAGGGGAAGGGUCAUUUACUCUUUCAGAAGAACGCUUUCAGACAGGAGAGAUCCUAUUUCAGCCUCGCAUGGCAGGAGUACGAACCAUGAGUUUGCACCAGGCAGUAGCACUUUGCAUGGACCAUUGCCAUGCUGCAGAGCUAAAUGCUGAUGACACAUGGUUCAAGACUGUUGUCUUGUCUGGAGGAACAGCAUGUUUACCUGGGCUAGCAGAGAGGUUGGAGAAAGAAUUGCAUGGACUUCUUCCCCCUUCCAUUUCAAGUGGGAUCAGGGUCGUAACACCACCUUAUGGUGCAGAUACUGCUUGGUUUGGGGCAAAGCUAAUCAGCAAUUUGAGCACAUUCCCUGGGCCCUGGUGCUUGACAAAGAAGCAGUUUCGACAUAAGUCUAGAUUCAACCUCUUAUGGUGAAAUGCCCAGUUGCUUUGAUCUGUUAAGGCUUGGUGUCUAUCUGGGUAGCAGUUGAACCCUUGAGCAAGUUGACCGGAUGGAGAAAAUAAGCGUCUUGUUCUUCUCCGACGAUGAAGAUUCAAGUCUUGAAGCUAAGAUAGGUGAAUACAUGAUUAAUUGCUGUCGCAAUUCGGCAUUCUUUUCCUGUAUGACUUGUCCAUGAUGUCCAGGAUCUUGCUAAAUAAUCCUCGCAUGUGGAUUCCUCUAUUGCUAUAAUCCUGUGUGUGUGUAGAGUACGACAUGCGUUCGUGAUGUAACUAUAUUAUAAGUGCCAACGAUAGCGUAAUGUAAUAAUUGCUCAGAAUAACGAAGUGAAUCUUCCCCAUCUCUCUUCAAAA